GUCAGUUCAGUCGCGUCACUGGAUAAUCAGCAAGUUUGAUUCUAAGAGAUAUUCAAUAUAUAAUACACUUCAAUGAUGUAUUUGCAUGUAUGGAUAUAUUAAGUGAAAACAUUUGUGCUUAUAAUGGAUUUACAAAACAGCAACAAUCGCAAACAGUUCAGCGUACAAUAUGGAAUUGUGAGAAAUACUAUGUGUAGAUGAAAAAUAGAUACGUGCAGUGAAAUAUUAAUGUGGUGUACAAUUAUAUGUAUACCAGGUGUUUUUAAACCAUUCAUCCAAAUACAAGUCAUACAAAAAUUGCGACGAUGCUUCUCAAUGAAUGUGAAAAAGUUAAUUUCCUGAAGAAGAAAAUAAUAAUGUGUACAUGAGAAAGCCCAGAAAUUAAGCCUGAAUAAUAAGACGUAUUGUCACUUCCAAAUCGAUUAUUAAAAUUAAAAUGCAGGAAGUGUGUAGUUCGGUGGAUCAUAUGGGAGCACAAGUGAAAUCGGAAACUCCCAAUUUGGGGGCAUUGCAAGGAAGUGUGUUAGUAGAAGCAGAAGCAACUUCGUCACAAUCGCGCUCCCCGUUAAGUCAAACUGUCACUCAUAUUAAUCGAAAACCAUUAACAUGUGAUAAAUCAACAAGAGGUGCUACUCAACUAUCGACAAGUGCAGAGUUAACACCACAAGUUCAUCCUGACUCGUCUUACUGGAUGCAAACCGAAAGUGGAUUUAUUAAUUCUCAACCAUCAAUGGCAGAAUUUUUGACGCAUAUAGAUUCGGAGAGUCCGAAAUUAAUUUCACAAGGAUAUCAAAUGACAUCAACCGAAAACGUUGACUCUGUACCAGAGUACCCAUGGAUGAAAGAAAAGAAAACAGCCAGAAAAAGUCAAACACAAGCGGAAUUUGUUGCAGAAAACGGAUUACCUAGGAGGUUGAGAACAGCUUAUACCAAUACGCAACUUCUAGAGCUCGAAAAAGAGUUUCAUUUCAACAAAUAUUUAUGUCGACCACGAAGAAUUGAAAUUGCUGCGAGUUUAGAUUUAACAGAACGACAGGUCAAAGUUUGGUUUCAAAAUAGACGAAUGAAGCAUAAACGGCAGACUUUAUCCAAAACUGACGAUGAAGAUUCGAGCAAGGAUGACUUGAAAGAUUCAAGUUCCAAAAAAUCUUGUCAAGGUUGUGAACUACCAUCUGAUGACAUACCCGAUUCGACCUCCAACUCAAGAGGACUUAAUAAUAGUACUCCUAAUAAUUCCGCUACCCCGAAUUCUACUGUGGAAAUUUCAACUCCUGCUGGAAAUACUGUAAACGCAGAUUCAAGCGUAGCUUCUUCUGGAAGCAUUGACGAAGAAGAGGAAAUGCAUAUCAAAGUGAAGAAGAAACUCGAUAGUUCCACAUCAUUGAAAAAAGAUGGUUCUAUUCCAAUAAAAAAUAUCACCCAUGCAAAAAAUAAUGAAUCUUACAAGAAAGACUUGAAUACUAGUUCAACUCAAGUGCCAGCAACAACGAAUGUGAUUUCAUCUUCUGAACUGAUUUCAAACACAAACCCGCCUGUUCAUUACAACCAGGUUGGCCCAUUCUCAGUAAUGAGAAACAAAAUUCAACAUCAUGCGAACUUCGAGAAUGUACCAACACCCAAUAUAAGUGGUUACUAUGGAGGACUGAAUAGACAAGAAUAUUUCAACAAGUCAGAUUCAGUAUAUCAUCAAUACACCAAACCGAUGCCAUCACAUCAAUAUACAAACCAACACGCUUCGAGCCAGAAGCCAGAAUUCCCUCCAACGUUAAAUGUAAAAAAUCUGUGCACCCGAUUGCAUCCUGAAUCUCCAAGGGUUCAAUCACAUCACGAAGGAUUUCCGCAUCACACCCCACAUUACUACGCUAAUGACAACACUCCAACUGGUGUUUCAUAUAGUAGUACACAGUGUUAUCACAAUGAGUAUGAUACACAACCAGAAUUCAACAGUGCAUAUUAUGAACCUAAGUCACAAUCAUAUUUUCACGAUGGUACAGCUUAUCAUCAUCAUCAUCACCAUCACCACAAUACUAUUGGAACAGCAAACAUACAAGGUCCCAUGGAAUAUCAAACCAAUAACAAUUUUUUGAACUCUGACGGCUCUGAAAAUUUCAAUUUUCAUCAGCCUUAUUAUGAUCCGCAUCAGAUAAAUAAUCCUUAUCAUCAUAGCAACAGUAAUAAUAAUAAUAGUGCUUCAAACAUUAUCGAGCCAAAUCAUGGACAGUCUGCUCACGAUGCUUAUAUAACACAUAAUAGUAAUAUACCUAUUAGUUACGGACCAAAUAAUGCAAAUAUAGGUAGUAAUAAUACUAAUUCGAGCAUAGCCAAUAUGGAAAAUUCAAAUUCGUCGUCAGAUUUCAAUUUUUUAAGCAAUCUGGCUAAUGACUUCGCGCCUGAAUAUUAUCAGCUCAGUUAAUGCAUGAAAGCAUCGGACAUUAGAUGAAAAUAAAUUUAUUCAAUCAUUGUAGAGUGUAUUCAUCAAUCAUUAUGCUGAAAUCAAAGUAAGGUCAAGCUUGAAUAAUUUAUUGAUUUACAUAAAUGUUAUAUCUUACUGUACAAUAUCAAAUAAGUAUUAGUUAUUAUAUCUGUAAGGUUAUCCAUUUAUUUUAUACCAAAUAUUGUUUCUAUUAUUCACUGCAAAUAAACUAAAGCAAACUCAUUCAUCUGAGUAUUUUUACGUCACAGUGAAUCGAAAUAUUGCGACAGCAAAAUCAAGUUAUAAUACCAGCGGUAAGUUAUGUCGUCUCCAAAAGUUUCUCACGCAAUGACUUUUGGCAGUUUGGAAAGAAUAUAUUUAAUAUGAAAAGGAGUAGACAAGUGGAAAAGAAUUAUUUAGGAUAAAAAAAAACUCGGAUAGCCAAUAUUCACAGGCCUCUUUUGUAGCUAACUUCUGACUACCUAGCUCGUUCGCCAUGGACAAAAACAGGUGGUAGUCACUUGGUGCAAGGUCCGGACUAUACGGCGGAUGCAAAAGAACCUCCCAUCCGAGCUCCCGGAGCUUCUGGUGCGUCACCAAAGAAGUGUGUGGCCUGGCGUUGUCCUGAUGGGAGACAAUGCGGCCUCUGUUUAUCAAAGAUGGCCUCUUCUUCAUGAGUGCUACCUUCAAGCGGUCCAGUUGUUGGCAGUACAGGUCCGAAUUGAGCGUUUGGCCAUAGGGAAGCAGCUCAUAAUAGAUUAUUCCUUGACAAUCCCACCAAACACACAGCAGAACCUUCCUGGCCGUUAAUGAGGGCUUGGCCACCGUCUGAGCCGCUUCAGCGGGCUUCGACCAAGACCGUUUGCGCUUCACGUUGUCGAAAGUGACCCACUUUUCAUCGCCAGUCACCACCCGCUUCAGAAACGGGUCGAUUUUGUUGCGAUUCAGCAGCGAUUUACAUGCGUCGAUACGGUCAAAGAUGUUUUUUUGCGUCAACGUGUGUGGCACCCAUACAUCGAGCUUCUUUGUGAAUCCAAGCUUCUUCAAAUGGUUAAUAACGGUUUGAUGACUUAUCCCCAGCUCUUGGCCGAUGCUACGGCUGCUACUAUGCUGGUCUUUCUCGGCUAAUUCAGCGAUUUUGUCGCAAUUUUCGACGACAGGCCUUCCGGAGCGUGGCGCAUCUUCGACGACCUCUACACCAGAACGAAAACGUUGAAACCAUCGUUGUGCGGUGGAAAAGGGAAACUGUAUCGGGUCCAUAAACUGCACAAAUUUUAUUGGCAGCUUGAGAUGCAUUUUUGCCUUUGUCAUAGUAAUACUGUAAAAUAUGUCGGAUUUCCUCUUUAUUUUGCUUUAUAUUUGCGACACUAUAACUCACGAACGACUUAACCAAACAAAACACUGUCAAGGACUAUAUUAUAGCGCGCAAAAAUACCUUUCCAACAAGCUAUAGUAUGACUCGAUACAACGAAUACAACUAGAACUACGCGCUUACAACGACACCUCGCGGAAAUACCGCAGGACUUUUUUGACAGCCUAAUAUGUACUUAUGCAUGUAAAGAAGUCAUUAUAUUCAUAAUAAACGGAUUCUACUGUAUCCACUAAUAUCUGGUCAAAGGAUGAAAUGUAGGAAAUUGUUGAAUUUUCAUAAAAAUACAAAAAAAAUUUAAGAGAAAAAUUACCCUGAAUAAAUUAUUCUAAAAACUGAAAUUCAUUUUUCUUAAAAACGUAUGUUUUCUCAAAAAAAUGUGUACAAUGUCGGACAAGUAACUCAUACAUCGAAA